GCAGAGGAGAAGGCAGAAUGUGUGCCAGGGCAGCCUGGGCGGCUGUGCCAGCCUUUGCAGCCUAAAGCAGCGCGGCCCAGCUCGAUGUGUGUGCCUGCAGGAGUGAGAGAGCAGGAGCCGUGGCAUGCUCAGGAGAGCGGGACCGUCCCUGCGCCACUUCUUGCUGCAGAGGAACAGCAGUGCUGGACAUAGCUCGUGCUCCAGAGAGGCAAAAAUGUCAAGGCCAGUGCAAGCUCGGAGGCUGGAGGGAGUAGAUAAAAAUAUCUGGGUGGAGUUUGUAAAACUGGCUGCUACCUACUCCAAGGUGAACCUGGGCCAGGGCUUCCCUGACUUCCCUGCACCAGACUUUCUGAGAGAGGCACUGAUGAGAGCCCUCAGCGGGGGGAACCACAUGCUGCACCAGUACACCCGUGCCUUUGGCCACCCACCUCUGGUGAAGGUCCUGGCCCAGUUUUUCGAGAAGCUGCUUGGACGAGACCUGGAUCCUAUGACCAAUGUGAUGGUGACUGUGGGGGCAUACCAGGCCCUGUUCUGCUGCUUCCAGGCUUUAGUGGAUGAAGGUGAUGAGGUGAUAAUCAUUGAACCUUUCUUUGACUGCUAUGAGCCAAUGGUGAAAAUGGCUGGUGGGACACCUGUGUUUGUGCCUCUGAGACCGAAUCCUCCAAAAGAUGGAAAAUUAAUGUCUAGUGCAGACUGGCAGCUGGACCCAGCUGAACUGGCUUCUAAAUUCAGUGAACGGACAAAAGCCAUCGUCCUGAACUCACCCAACAACCCUCUGGGCAAGGUGUUCAGCCGCGGGGAGCUGGGGCUGAUUGCAGAGCUGUGUGUGAAGCACGACGUGCUGUGCAUCAGCGACGAGGUGUACGAGUGGCUGGUCUACGACGGGAAGCAGCACAUCCGCAUCGCCAGCCUGCAGGGGAUGUGGGAGCGCACGGUGAUCAUCGGGAGCGCUGGGAAGACCUUCAGUGCCACAGGAUGGAAGGUGGGCUGGGUUGUGGGCCCUGACAGGCUGCUGCAGCACCUCCGUACUGUGCACCAGAACUCCGUGUACCACUGUGCCACCAUUGCCCAGGAGGCCGUGGCUCAGGGUUUCCAGAGGGAGCUCAUGCUCUAUGGAAAACCAGAGAGCUACUUUGUCCAGCUGCCCAAGGAGCUGCAGCAGAAGAGAGACUGGCUGGUUCAGAGCCUGGAUGGGGUGGGGAUGAAACCCAUCAUCCCAGAGGGCACCUACUUCCUGGUGGCAGACAUCUCCCCGUUCAAAUCUGAUGUCCCCGAUGUCCCCAACUCAGAUGAGCCCUACGACUCCAGAUUUGCAAAGUGGAUGGUCAAGAACAAGGGCCUUGCUGCCAUCCCGCUCUCCGCUUUCUACAGCGAGGCCCACAAGAACAACUACACCAAUUUCAUCCGGUUCUGCUUUGCAAAGGAGGAAGCUACACUGAAGGCAGCAAGUGACAUAUUGCAAAAAUGGAAACAGGAGAAAACCAGCUCAGCCUGGCAGCGCGGGGGCGCGGCCGGCAGCGCGGGGAAGAUGGCGGACACGGAGAGCGGCGUGGGGAAGCGGCCCAGAGGCGCGCAGGUUGAGGACAGGAAGGUGGACUGGCGGCGCUGGAAGCAGGAGAGGAAAGCAGAGACGAAGAAAUGGAAGGAGAUUAAGCUGCUGAAGAAACUGGACAAACAGCGGAUGCGAGAGCUGGCAGAACAAGAAGCCCAGACGCAGGAGGAGCAGAAGGAAGACAGAGGCCGGCCGCACACGCUGAGCGUGGCCCUGCCCGGCUCCAUCCUGAACAACGCGCAGUCACCGGCCCUGCGCUCCUACCUGGCCGGACAGAUCGCCCGCGCCUGCGCCAUCUUCUGCGUGGAUGAGAUCGUGGUGUUCGACGAGCACGGAGAGGAUGUCAAGAGUGUGGAGGGGGAUUUUGAAGGAAUUGGGAAGAAAGGCAAGGCUUGUGUGCAGCUGGCUCGGAUCCUGCAGUACUUGGAGUGCCCUCAGUACUUGAGGAAAUCCUUUUUUCCAAAACACGAGGACCUGCAGUUUGCAGGGCUGCUCAACCCCCUGGACAGCCCCCACCACAUGCGGAUGGACGAGGACUCGGAGUACCGGGAGGGCGUCGUGCUGGACCGGCCAACCAAGCCAGGCCGAGGCUCUUUUGUUAACUGUGGGAUGAGGAAGGAGGUGCAGAUUGACAAACAGCUGAACCCUGGUCUGCGAGUGACCGUGCGCCUGAAGGAGCCCCAGAAUCCAGAAGCCAAAGUGCGGAAAGGCACCGUGGUGUCCUCGCAGCACCCCCGGGCAGUCUCAGGCUUGUACUGGGGCUACAGCGUCCGCCUGGCCUCCUGCCUGAGUGCUGUCUUUUCCGAGUGCCCAUUCAAGGAAGGUUAUGAUCUCUCUAUUGGCACCUCAGAGCGGGGCAGCUCCGUGGACCAGGUCACUCUGCCCUCCUUCAGGCAUGCCCUUGUUGUAUUUGGAGGCCUUGAGGGCUUGGAAGCUGGGGUUGAUGUGGACCCAAACCUGGAGGUCACCGACCCAAGCAUCUUGUUUGACUUCUACCUGAACACGUGUCCCAGCCAAGGCAGCAGAACCAUCCGGACAGAGGAAGCGCUGCUGAUCUCUCUGUCUGCGCUGAGACCACACAUUGAGGAGGCUGUGAAGACACCCAAAGACACCUGAGGGAAGGGAAACCACUGACCUUGCCCUUGGGGAGGCAGCUCUUCAAAUGUGGGGUGCUGGGCAGGUCACUCCAGGAGCCUGGAGGGACCAAGGCACAGUGUGAGUGCAGCUGGCAGCGCUGCCCAGCUGUGGAGACCCAGGGUCAAAGAGAGACACUGCUCUGAAUGCAGUGGUCUCACCCAUAAGCGCUGGCAGACCCAUGUUAAUGCCACAGGUUAUAUUGGUAUCACCCAGUCCAACUGCUCUUUUUUCCUUAUAUGGACUCUCUCUAGAAUGUUCUCCCCUUCCUUGUCUCCUAUUGGUGCUGGUUUAUUGCAGUGCUCUGCCCCUGUAACCUCAUUGGUUCCCCAGUUGGCUGCCCCUCCUCCAUACACUUGUACUCAGUUCCCAUUGGCCCUUGACCCUCAGAUCCGCCCCUUUUCCCCCUUAUAAACCCUGUGUCCUGAGCCUUGUUUGGCCUCUGUCGCUGGACCCUCUACAUUGCAAUAAACUCUGUGUGGAGCUCCACACAAA